AUGAGUUCAAACAAUAACCAUCCACAUCUUAUUUCUUUAUUGGCAGGCUCAACUGCUGGACUUUCUGUCGAUCUUGCACUUUUUCCUAUCGAUACAAUCAAAACUCGUUUACAAAGUUACCAUAAUAGUGUUCAGAGAACUGGUUCCCUCCGUCUUUUCGCUGGUUUGCCAGCAGUUGCUAUAGGUUCUGCUCCUGCAGCCGCAGCAUUUUUCUUAACCUAUGAGGCAGUAAAAGAUGCAUGUAAUGAUAUCGGUAUGCAUCCGAUAAGUCAUUCAGUCCUAUCUGCUUGUAUUGCUGAAAUUGUUGCUUGUCUUAUAAGAGUACCCUGCGAAGUAGUUAAACAAAGGUCCCAAAAUCAGCCUUCUUAUGGUGCUUCAGCUGUGUUUCUAAAGACUUUACGAAAUGAGGGAAUUCGUGGAUUUUAUAGAGGCUAUUUCAGCACAUUAUCGCGAGAAAUUCCAUUCUCAUUCAUUCAGUAUCCCAUAUGGGAAAAAUUAAGGUAUAUGACUAUUGAAUGGAAUCGAAAGUCACUCGAGAACAAUGCCAAUAUAGACUCAGAGGCCUUUCAGUUAAGAGCUUGGCAGUCAGCUAUGUGUGGAUGUUUAGCGGGCACAAUAGCUGGUGCAUUAACCACACCUUUAGAUGUGGCCAAAACGCGAAUCAUGUUGGCUGAGCCCAAUUCUAAUUUUGCAUCUGGUCAUAUAGUAUACGCUAUACGAACAAUAUUUCAAGAGAGCGGAAUUCGUGGGCUUUUCUCAGGUUUAAUACCUCGGAUCACAUUAUUAUCGAUUGGUGGAGCCAUAUUUCUUGGUAUUUAUGAUAUAUCUACCAGAUUCUGGACUUCAUCGCUUCAAAAUACUAGAAAUUAA